AUGGCCAUCCUGUUGGGCCAGUUUGUCGGUAGUCGCAAGCGUGAGAACACACAGGUUCCUUUUGACGUGGUUACGACGAGCAGUUUCUGGUUCCUAUACGCGGGCUCACUCCGACUUGGUCUGUCUCUCCCGAAAAACCAAUCAAGCACCCUUCCGAAUGCCGUAGCUCCGAGUCCAUCCAUCAGCAGCAUCCGAGCGCGCGGUGUGCGCCUCAUUGGGGCGGCGGAGAAUUCGAUCUGGCGGGCCGGCCUUGCAGGGGUCGUGGCCAAGAGCAUUGCUAUCUUGCUCCGGAUUUUCAGCAGAAAUGAAAAUGUCGGCCAAGCAAUUUACCCAGUCUCUUUUGUUUAUAGUCUGAACCUCGAGAAACGCGUCACCCUCCCCGUUUCGUGGCUUGGCCGCGCCCCAGCGCCCGGCCUUUUGGCCGGCAUCUAA